GAAGUGUACGUUGCUAACCUGCGACAGCACCCGCCUUUGGUUUACCCUGAGCAGCAUUGCCGGUGUUGAUAAUCGGUUUCCUCUCUAGUCCGUUGGCAAAGCUCCCGGGCGGCACAUGAACAGUACCAUGGCUGCGUCCUCACACCGGGUAACGAUGGGUCCGCUGGUGGCUGCCAUUGACCAGGGCACGAGCUCCACUCGGUUUUUGGUGUUUAAUGCGAAAACAGCAGAGCUCCUCAGCCAUCAUCAGGUGGAAAUCAAACAGAGCUUCCCCAAAGAAGGAUGGGUGGAGGAAGACCCCAAAGAAAUUCUGCAGUCGGUUUACGAGUGCAUGGAGCGGACGUGUGAAAAACUCACCCAGCUAAACAUAGACAUCUCAAACAUUAAAGCUAUUGGAGUGACCAACCAAAGAGAGACCACGCUUGUUUGGGACAAAGAGACAGGGGAGCCCCUCUACAAUGCAAUAGUUUGGUUGGACCUGCGGACUCAAUCAACAGUUGAACGUCUAAUCAACAAAACUCCAGGAAGGAAUAAGAACCACUUAAAGCAUAAAACAGGGCUCCCAAUCAGCACCUACUUCAGCGCGGUGAAACUUCGCUGGCUGAUGGACAACGUGGACGAGGUCCAUGAUGCCGUGGUGUCACAUCGCGCUAUGUUCGGCACCGUGGACUCCUGGCUCAUCUGGUGUUUGACUGGUGGGAAGUCUGGCGGCGUCCACUGCACAGAUGUAACCAACGCUAGCAGAACCAUGCUGUUUAACAUCCACACUCUGGACUGGGACCCUGAACUCUGCACAUAUUUUGGUAUUCCCAUGGAGAUCUUGCCAAAAGUGAGGAGUUCUUCAGAAAUCUAUGGCCUCAUGAAAUUAUGUUCUAGCCGGAAAUCUGGAGCUCUCUCAGGGAUCCCCAUCUCUGGGUGUUUAGGGGAUCAGUCAGCAGCGCUUGUUGGACAGAUGUGUUUCCAGGACGGGCAGGCGAAAAACACGUAUGGAACUGGCUGCUUUCUCCUGCGAAACACUGGAGCUAAGCCUGUAAUGUCCGAACACGGCCUUCUGACCACUGUGGCGUACAAACUUGGCCGCGACCAACCUGCAUGUUACGCACUGGAGGGCUCUGUAGCCAUUGCAGGCGCUGUGGUUCGUUGGCUGCAGGACAAUCUGGGAAUCAUCAAAUCCUCUGAAGAGCUCGAGCAGUUUGCAGCGUCAGUCGGCACUUCCUACGGCUGUUACUUUGUUCCUGCUUUUUCGGGCCUCUAUGCACCGUACUGGGAGCCCAGUGCAAGAGGGAUCAUCUGCGGGUUGACUCAGUUCACUAAUAAGUAUCACGUGGCGUUUGCUGCACUGGAAGCUGUGUGUUUCCAGACACGGGAGAUCCUGGACGCUAUGAACCAGGACAGCGGUAUUCCCCUCACCCAGCUCCAGGUGGACGGAGGGAUGACGUCCAACAAGCUGCUGAUGCAGCUGCAGGCCGACAUCCUCUGCAUCCCUGUCGUGAAGCCGUCCAUGCCCGAGACCACCGCUCUGGGCGCAGCGAUGGCAGCGGGGUCAGCCGAGGGGGUGAGCGUGUGGAGUCUGAAGCCAGAGGACCUGAGUGAAGUCACCUCGGAGAAGUUCGAGCCUCAGAUCAACCCUGAAGAGAGCGAGUUCCGCUACGCUCGAUGGAAGAUGGCGGUUCAGAAAUCCAUGAACUGGGAGACCACGGAGCCGGUCGGCAACGGAAACGGUGAAACUGGCAUCUUCAGCAGCGUCCCCCUGGGCUUCUACAUCAUCGGCAGCAUUCUGAUGUUAGUCGGUGCCAAAUACCUCGCAGGCAACAACUAAGCUCCUGGGGGCAUUUAAGCAAAGAGGAACCAUCUGGACCACCACCUGUACUCUCGGGUGCUUUCUUUUCCCAAAAAGGCAUUACAGGAAGAUGGCUACAGUUUGGAAUAACUAACUGAACUUUUCUUUAUUAUUUCCCCCCCAAUAAUUUUUUCUGGAAAUGUGUUUUUAUCUACAGCACACAUGGGUGCAUUGGAGAUUAAUUUAAGCGGGAGUGUGCAUGCAGUAUUCUCUUUUUUUCACUCUGUUGACAUGGUAUGAAUUUCUGUAAUUAUUUAUGUAGAAACUCCACCGUAAGGUACUUCAGGUUGUCGUCAAAGAGAAACUCACUGUGUCAUACGCUAUUUCUUUGUUGUGGCAGAGCACUUUAUUUUUUUUGUUUGUUAGGUGUGAACUAACAGAGUCUAAGUUAUUAUUUUUCUAUCAGUUGGGAUUAAGACACAGAAAGUUUGUAUUGAAAUGAAAACAAAGGUGAGGGGGUGAAAUGACAAGGUUGCUCUUUGGGAAAAAGUGACUUUUCUGUAGAUACUGUAAUCAUUUUAAACAGGAAAAAUGUAUUGUGUAAUGGGCAAACAUGCCAUGGAGGGCAAAAGCUAAUUCUUUUUUUAAUAUGUGUUGGAAAAGAAUAUAUGAAGACAUGGAAACAAAGAGUGUAUAUUUCUGUCAAUUGCUUCCAAAACCACCUAGGAUCGUCCAUUCAGCGAAACAAAGUCAGUGUUUCAUUUUGUCGACUAAAAAGAUUGAAAAUGGACUUAAAUGUUCCCCAAAAACUUUAAACUGACUUCCACUGCAGGCAAAAUAUUCAAAUGCAAAAAUGUAAUAUGCAUCCGUAAAGAUAACUGCCUUCCAAGAAGUGAAUUGCACUAAGAUUAGUGCCACAUGUGCAAUUCUGUUUGGAUUGCAUUUUCGCCUAAAUAAUGUAUUUCAAUUUAAAGGGAGAUUUUUUUAAUCAUAGACACUUAAAUUCUAGGCCUCUUAGUCAUAGUUUGAAGAGUUAAUCUUAAAGCGGAAGCAUCUAUUCAUCUGUUGCCCAGCCUUCAUCAUGUUUGUCUUCUCUUGGGAUCUGAGUUGUACUUGAUAGUACUUGCUCCAUACUUCAUGUAGUUAUUUGCAUAACUGAAAAGUGUUAAAAUACUGCACACAAAGUGCUCUUUUGGAUAUAAACACAAUUGAAAUCACUUCAAAUUAGAGAGACAGACCUAAAAUGCUAGAAUGUAUGAAAGCAAAGUGUGCUACCAAGAACUUUUAACUGUGAAGCUGUUGAUUGUGAUGAAUUGUUAUUAUGGAACAAUGAAAAUGUGUGUGCACAGUUGGCCAGUGUCAUUCCCUUCAACUCAUUCACAGAACUGUAAAGGAAAUAAAUAAAGUACUGCUGGGUUAGAAGAAAUGAAACGAUGUGUGGUUCUGUAAAGAAACAGGUUUUAUGCGAGAGUAAUAAUAUGAAUAUUGUGCAAACUGAAUUAAAAACUAAAGAUAUAACACUU